AUGUUCUGGGUGAAGAGAAUUUUCAGGGUGGAUGAGGCCCACCAUCGGGCGAGGCUGGACACACAGGCGACUAGUAAUGGAACUUACGAGCUCGAAAGUGCUCUUCAGCGUGGCAAGAACACUUGUGAUGACAUUCCAAUACACUUGAAGGACGAAACUAAAACAUAUCCGAUCGUCAUAUCCGCGUCACUGGUCCUGAUGAAUGACUCAACAAUAAUCAGGAAGGAAGGCUCAACAAUCGAGCAGACAAUUUCCCUCAACUUCGAGCUCGACUGCGGGCCAGACGAUAUUUGCCACUCGAAUUUAACAACAAACGUCUCGACAACUCUUGGAAAAGGGAACAAGUACAUCAUUGGGGGAGAAAAAACAGUGAACAUUUCGAUAGAGGUUCGAAAUCAUCAGGAGCCUGCAUACGACACCCAACUGCACGUAUUUUUACCGGAAUUUCUCUCCUUGACAAGGGAACCUGCCAAUUGCGAAGAGAAUUUUUUCCCGAAUGGGUCUGUAGAGGUGGUUUGGAAUAUUGAAAAUCCAUUGAGACGUCAGGCUACGUUAACACUCGAAAUAUCCAUGCGUCAAGUUCAAGUUGAGUCAGAGCUUUAUUCCGACUCGAUAGAAAUACCAAUGAGUCUCACAACUCAAAGUGAAAAUAUCAACGACAAAAAAGGGGUUGAUAGCGUGAUUAUUAAUCUUGCGAUUGACGCCACCGUCGAUGUUAACGGACAAGCGAAGGACACUUCUUAUUCGUACUUCAGCGCCUCGGAGGAGAGCAAAAUCGAGAUUAUCCAGUUCAGUCACAUUUACGGAGUCCAAAAACUGGGAGUAACUCCGAUUCAACAAGCUGUUCUGAUUGUCCUCGUGCCCACGCACUUGAAAAAAUCAAAAAAUGAAGUAAUCGAAAUAGCGAGGAUAAACGCAACAACAUUGAAGUACUUUGACUCAACAAAUCGAAAUGACAAUGACUACGUUUGCAAAACCGAAAGAAUUGGAGUGAAUGAGAAGAAAAUUAUUACGAGGGAGUCGAAUAAUUUCACACAGUCUGUAGACACUUCUUUGAGGAAUCGUGCGUUAUUUCUCAACUGCGAUAAUGAUGCAAUUGAUUGUGUUAAUGUCACGUGUCUCAUGGACGUGCCAAGAGAAUCUGUUAAUCCCUCUGUAAUCGCAGAAUUGAAAUUGACGAUUGAUUUGUUGUUGAAAAACGUCCCUGAUGAUUUAACGACUUCGAAAGACAUUAUAUAUUUCAUAUCAAACGGAUCAGUGAUGAUUACUCAUCCAUCGCGAGCUAGUGAAGCGUCUGGAGUGAGGGCAAAAUCAACCCUCGUUGGCACUAAAUUCCUGGGCACACCUGUAGCAGCUCCAGUAGCCAGCUGGGUAAUUCCUGUCUCGGUGCUCGUUGGAAUUCAUCUGCUAGCACUUGUGAUAUUCGCUCUUGUCAAACUGGGAUUUUUCAAGAGAAAACACAAAGAGGAAUUGGAGGAACUCAAGGCAGACUCCGACAAGAAAGAGGGCAUGGUCAUUGAGACUUCAUCGUCAAGGGAGUGCCUCGAUCAGGAUUGA